UGCUUCAUUUAUAACCAUGUUGUCUUUUUUUUUUUUUUAGGCUGAUUUACCAUUUGGUGAAGACUAAAAAGUAUUUAACAAUUAGGGGAAGAAUGGCAUUGAAACAGAUUUCCAGCAACAAGUGCUUUGGAGGAGUACAGAAAGUUUUUGAGCAUGACAGUGUUGAACUGAAAUGUAAAAUGAAGUUUGCUAUCUAUUUACCACCAAAAGCAGAAACUGCAAAAUGUCCUGCACUCUAUUGGCUCUCUGGUUUAACUUGCACAGAACAAAAUUUUAUAUCAAAAUCUGGUUAUCAUCAAGCUGCUGCAGAACAUGGACUUGUCGUCAUUGCUCCAGAUACUAGCCCCCGUGGUUGUAAUAUUAAAGGAGAAGAUGAGAGCUGGGACUUUGGCUCGGGUGCUGGAUUUUAUGUGGAUGCUACUGAAAAUCCUUGGAAAAAUAACUAUAGAAUGUAUUCUUAUGUGACAGAGGAGCUCCCCCACCUAAUAAAUGCCAAUUUUCCAGUGGAUCCCCAAAGGAUGUCUAUUUCUGGCCACUCAAUGGGAGGCCAUGGAGCUCUGAUUUGUACUCUGAAGAAUCCUGGGAAAUAUAAAUCUGUUUCAGCAUUUUCUCCAAUUUGCAAUCCAAUGCUCUGUCCUUGGGGCAAAAAAGCCUUUGGUGGAUACUUAGGAACAGAUCAAAGUAAAUGGAAGACGUAUGAUGCUACACAUCUUGUGACAACUUACCCAGAUUCUAAGCUGGACAUACUAAUUGAUCAAGGGAAAGAUGACCAGUUUCUUUCAGAUGGACAAUUACUGCCUGAUAACUUCAUAGCUGCCUGUACAGAAAAGAAAAUCCCUGUGGUUUUUAGAUUACAAGAGGGUUAUGAUCAUAGUUACUACUUCAUUGCAACUUUCAUUACUGAUCAUAUUAGACACCAUGCAAAAUAUCUGAAUGCAUGAAAAACACAGAAUCUCAGAAUCCUAAAAUGGUGCAGAUCUUCUAGUGGAGCAAGCCUAUCAAGAAAAGUAAUGUCUUUUUAUAAAUACCAAAUUGUUUCUUUAAGAACCUGAUGAACAAAUGUAUGAAACAAGACAGGUGGAAUUUGGUUGCUUUCAAAGAAAAACAAAAGAUUUUUCUACUACAGAACACAAAGGUUUUUAAUAUUUGAAUAUUUAAUAAAUAUGCCCAUUGUAUUGUAAUUAAAGGCAAAGUUCUUAAAAAUUCUAAAAAUAAUUAGACUUUAUUAAACAUUUAAAAGCAAAUAGUACAUAUUAGAACUACCUGUAGUAGUCCAGAUUGAAUUAUUAGUGAACACAACACAAAAUAGUCCUAACCAGGCUUAUGUUUUAUGAAAAAGAUUGUUUAUUCACAUUGUUGUAUGUGUUAGUAAUUAUCUCAUAAAGAAAAAUUAUGUUAUCUUAAUAUCUUUGUUCUAGUUGAGCAUAUAGUUAGAGAACUAGUACAAGAUUGAUAGAUUAAAUUUGUUAUCCGAGACGGGCUUAUGUAGUAAUGGGGGCUGACAAAAGAAGUCCAGAAUUCAUUGGACAUAUCAAUUAAUGGGAGAGAAUAUUCACACGCAGGCUGCAACUUAAUGGGCAUAAGCUGAAUCUGUUGUCCAGAAGACAUCUUUUCUCUUUUGUGGAAUAUUCAGUCUUGCUUUGAAAACCUUUUAACUCAUUGAGGCCAACUUCCAAAUUCCCUUCAUAGAAACUCCUAUAUUCAACUUACAAUAUAUCAUUGUAAGAAAGUAGUUGCUUUGGAAAAUCAGAGAAAUGGUAGUGUGGGAAGGGAAGGGACUAAUCUUAAAUGUAGCUGAGUUAGGUUCAAUAACUUGUAUUUAGUAUGAUCCCCUGAGUCCCUCCAGGAGUAAUCCCUGAGCACAGAGCCAGAGUAAGCCCUAAGCCCUCACUGGAUGAGGCCUCCAUAAAAGCAAAAUGAAAAACAGAAAAUAGAAAAUAUUAGCUUUGUCUUUUUAAAAGUUAAGUGCACAAAAGUAUUUUUAAGCUAACUCAUUUAUUGUUUUGUGAUUCAUACCCAGCAGUGCUCAGGGUUUACUCCUGGAUCUGCACUCAGAAAUUACUCCUGGCAAGCUGGGGACCAUAUGAGAUGCUGGGGAUCAGUUGAGGACCAGGCAAACCCCAUCUGCUGUACUGUAGUCCAAUAACUACUGACUUAUAGACAGUGAUAACUAUAAUAAUGUCAUAGUGAGGCCUGAAUGAAUAGAAUGGUGCAUUAUUAAAGAGUACCUGUCUUGCAAGCAUAUAAUAAUGAGUUUAGAUUUCCCAGUGUGACAAACCCAAUCGUGAAAGCUCGCUAUUUGAGCCUGGAAGCUUUGCUGUCUGUGAUCACUGGUGCCUCAAGUAUUUCUCACCACACCAUAGUCUGACAUAUAAGCACCACAAAAGUGUGUGCAAA